AUGGAGGCGGCGAGCGAAAGAAAUCCGCCUGUUAAUAAGGGCGCCCAAAUCGGCUUGGGGGAUGGAGAAUGGUCGCCUUCGGCUCUCAAAAACGCACUGUCAACGUCAAUUGUCGCAGGCAAAGAAGACGCAGCCAACAACUACGCACGCGGUUGCUACGGAGUAGGGAAGGAGAUGUUGGAUCUGGCUCUGGAUCGCACGCGCCUGUUGGCCGACGACUGUCACUCCUUGCAAGGCUUCAUCCUGUUCCGGGCCUUUGGAGGGGGCACCGGUUCCGGCUUCACCAGCGCGUUCCUAGAGGCGCUGCGCAGCGACUACCGCAAGAGCUCCGUGCUGGACUUUUCCGUCUAUCCGGCGCCGCACAUUUCGCCCAUCAUUGUCGAGCCGUACAACGCCGUGCUGACCACCAACGGCUGCAUCGAGAACCAGGACGUCUGUUUCGUGAUGGACAACGAGGCCGUGUAUGAUAUCCUGGACCGGAAGCUGGACACGCCCCGUCCUACCUACACCAAUCCCAAUCGCCUACUCGGUCAGGUGGUGAGCGCCGUGACGGCGUCGCUGCGCUUCGAAGGCGCCGUCAACGUCAGUCUGGAUGAGUUCCAGACCAACCUGGUGCCGUAUCCGCGCAUCCACUUUCCCCUCAUCACCUAUGCACCGUUUGUGGCCGCCCACAAGGCCAUGCACGAACAACUGAGCGUCGCCCAGCUGACCAACUCCUGCUUCGAGCCGGCCAACCAGAUGGUCAAGUGCGACCCGCGCAAUGGCAAGUACAUGUCCUGCUGUCUGUUGUUCCGCGGCGACGUUUCGCCCACCGACGUCAACACCGCCAUCAACACGAUCAAAAGCAAGCGCUCCAUCCAGUUCGUGGACUGGUCGCCCACCGGCUUCAAGGUCGGCAUCAACUACAUGCCGCCCACCACUGUGCCGGGCGGCGAUCUGGCAACCGUCACCAGAGCGGUAACAAUGCUGUCUAACACAACGGCCAUCAAGGAGGCCUGGGAGCGGCUAUUGCGCAAGUUCGACAUAAUGUACCGGAAGCGCGCCUUUGUCCACCACUAUGUGGGCGAGGGGAUGGAGGAGGGGGAGUUUCAGGACGCCCGCGAAAACCUUGCCGCCCUCGUCCAGGACUACCAGGAAGUGGACAGUGGUUGACCUUGACUGAACCCCAAGACCCGCCAACUAGAUGAGUCGAUACUCAAACACUGAGAAUGACAACUGACAACAAUGAAUGUCACUGUGAAUAAACGAAGUAAACAGCG